UUUUUAUGUGUGUGUGUUGCAGCUAGCAAAUUUCCUCAUUGACAAAAUAAAUUUGCCACCUCAAAUUUCAAAUGUACACACGAGCACAAAUCCCCGAUGGACCCGUUCUAGCAAAAGCACAUGAACAAAUGCACAUGCAUUUGCCACAUUUUCAUCUCAUUCUCAUAAAAAAUGUUGUAAUUUCCCUUUUUUCUCUAAAAAUAAAGGAAAAUAUAUAGUAAAAAACAGAAAAGAAAAAUGAAACGAAAAAUAACGAAAAACAAACGCAUUUAUUUAUAUAUAUAAAUAUCUGUCCUUUUCAGUGCGUUCACAGCACCAGACCUUCACUCUUCCCAUAUAUACUGGGCUUUAGCUCUCCUCAUUCUCUCACUCCCCACUCUCAAUUUUCUCUGUGCUCCUGCAAUUCUCCUGGAAUUGCAUUUCAUUCUCUGUUUGAGUUUAUCACAUGUUUUUCUGCUGAUAAACCAAACUCCCGUACUAUACUGUUUAUACUCUCAACACUAAAGCACACAUAUACAAGCAUAACAGAUCUGUAUACAUCGCGCAGUACCUUGCUCUUCACAAGAGAAAUCCCUUUUGAGCAUUUAUCAUCAUUCGGGUUUGAAUCAAAUGGAGAAAUCCUUGAAGCUCUGUUUUUCUACGGCUCCCCUGUUUUUAAUCCUAGGCAUUGUUCUUCUUCCUCAGGCAUUUGCCAGCUAUGACUACGGCGAAGCUCUUAGUAAGAGCCUUCUUUUUUUCGAAGCUCAGAGAUCUGGCUACUUACCGAAAAACCAGCGAGUCAACUGGAGAGGCCAUUCAGGCCUAAAUGACGGAAAAGCUAGCGGGGUGGAUCUGGUCGGAGGGUACUAUGACGCCGGGGACAACGUGAAAUUCGGGCUGCCGAUGGCGUUCACUGUAACAAUGAUGUCCUGGAGCAUACUCGAAUACGGGCGGCAGAUGGCGGCCGGCGGCGAGCUAGGCCACGCCCUGGACGCCGUCAAGUGGGGCACUGACUAUUUCAUCAAAGCUCAUCCCCAACCUUAUGUGCUCUAUGGAGAGGUGGGGGACGGGAACUCGGACCACUACUGUUGGCAGAGGCCGGAGGAUAUGACCACCUCUCGAGUCGCUUACAAGAUCGACCCCAGUCACCCGGGCUCCGACCUCGCCGGCGAGACCGCCGCCGCCAUGGCCGCCGCGUCCAUCGUAUUCCGCCGCUACAACGCUCCCUACGCGGCGGAGCUCCUUAAACACGCCAUGCAGCUCUUUGAUUUCGCGGACAAGUACAGGGGCAAAUAUGACAAUAGCAUUACGGUUGCGCAGCAGUACUACCGAUCAGUCAGUGGAUACGCAGAUGAAUUAUUGUGGGCAGCUGCAUGGCUGUACAAGGCAACAAACAACCCGUACUACUUGAACUACCUUGGGAACAAUGGCGAUGCCCUUGGAGGAACUGGUUGGGCCAUGACUGAAUUUGGAUGGGAUGUCAAGUAUGCUGGUGUUCAAACUAUGGUUGCUCAGUUGUUGAUGGCAGGUAAAGCCGGUAGCAGGAAUACCGCAGUCUUCCAGAGGUACCAAGAAAAGGCUGAAUUUUUCAUGUGCUCGUGCCUCGGCAAAGGAACCCACAAUGUCCAAAAAACCCCCGGCGGCCUCAUUUUCAGACAAAGAUGGAACAACAUGCAGUUUGUGACGAGUGCUUCAUUCCUAAUGACAGUCUACUCCGACUACCUCACCUCCGCCGGAAAAUCCCUCAGAUGCGCCAACGGUAACAUCUCCCCCAAUGAGCUCCUCGCCUUUGCUAAAUCCCAGGUGGACUACAUACUAGGAGACAAUCCACGGGCAACGAGUUACAUGGUGGGUUACGGGAGCAACUAUCCUAGGCAAGUUCAUCACAGGGGAGCCUCCAUUGUUUCUUACCAGGUGAAUCCCUCGUUCGUGACUUGCAGGGGAGGGUACUCUACUUGGUAUAGCCGAAAGGCGAGUGAUCCGAACCUGCUCACGGGAGCCAUUGUUGGUGGGCCCGAUGCUUACGACAAUUUUGCUGACGAGAGGGAUAACUAUGAGCAAACUGAGCCUGCUACGUACAAUAAUGCCCCUCUCAUUGGUAUACUUGCCAGGCUUCAUGCAGGUCAUGCUGGCUACAAUCAGCUUCUGCCAGUGGAGCUGCCUGCACUUAAACCGAUAGCUGCUAAUCCAAAACGGGUUUCGAAGCCAUUGGUCAAACGUUACCCAGCGUCAUCUUCCAGCCCAGUUGUUGUUACUCAGAGAGUCACAAGCUCGUGGGGGCUGAAUGGGAGAACUUACUACAGAUACAGAACAAGAAUCACUAACAAAUCCUCCAAAAACUUAAGGAACUUGAAGCUUUACAUUUCCAACCUUUAUGGUCCUCUGUGGGGCCUCACCAAGUCUGGAAACUCCUACUUCUUCCCGUCGUGGGUCAACUAUUUGCCUGCUGGUAAAAGCAUCGAGUUUGUGUACAUUCACUCGGCCUCACCUGCAAAGGUUUGGGUAACGAGCUACAAUCUCGUUUAAAUUGGCAAAACGAAGAUAUUUUAUCAUUAUUCAGUCCGGAGUCAGGAAUUGUGCAGCUAGCUACACACAGCAUUACAUUCCAGGACGUUUCUCUGUCUAAAAGUUUUUCUUUUAUGCUUUAAUUCCAUGUUUGAUUUGUGAGAUGAGUUUAGGAUGAAUUUAGGGUAAAUGAGGUGAGAGGAUGGAGAAAGGAGUGAAGAGACGAUUUGGAAACUAAAGUGCUCAUCCUCUUUCUUCUCCUCUUCACCAGCCAAAUAUUAGGUUCAUAGAGUGAGAGAAUGACCGGAUGGAGGACGAGAAAAGUCGAGAAGACAUCUCAACACUAUUUAUUACUUUUUGUUUUUUUUGUGCUUGAUCAGAGUGUUUUCGUCUUCGGUGUUGUAGCCUUUACAACAUGAUUUAUUUCCUAUAUGAAUAUAGUUUGUGUGAAGAUGUUUGGAUUCAAGCAACAUUUUGUUUUCUUGCGUCAAAGUUUGAUUCUCAAGUUACAUUUUCGUAUUUUGUUGCCAGCAAAUUUGUGGCUUCCUUGGUGCAUUUGCCUUUGUGAUUGAGUUUAUGCAACAAAUUUAUUCGUUUCUUUUGUGUUUCUCUCCUUUCCUGUCUGAGACUGUAACAUUUACAAAACUUUUCUUGUUUCUCAUAAGGUCUGGACACAGUUUGUACUGAUGUGCUACACUUUAGUUCUCUUGAUAUGAAUAUAAGUUGUACCUUGUAGUCAUGAUUACUUGGAGCCGAAUUGUGAUUACAGGUAUUUGAGUUAUCAUAACUAGUACUGUACCGUGCGAUGCACGAGAGCAUUUAUUAUCUAUUUAUUUUUUAGAAGGUAUUUUUGUAUUUAAAUUGUCUCAUGGCAUUAAAAAUAUCAUGAAAAUAAAUUUAUACGUUAUUAAACACUUCCUUAUGUACAACA